AUGCGACCCCAAAAAUGGCCAAUACUGCUCUGCGCGGCUGCGUCCGCGUGGAUCCAGGCCGUCGAAGCAACAGAUGCUGUGCGCAACAUCACCGUCCUGGGACCUACUGCCCUCCAUCAGCAUACGGCGGAUAACUUCCUUACCUGCCUCAAUGCCACGGAGAUCUCAUACCGGCUGUACGUGGACGAGGGCAUCGCCACCGUGCUUCCGCCGGGGAACCGCACGAUCGACUUCAGCGGCGUCGACGAGCGUCUCCUGGAAUGUAUGAAGAUGUCGACGGACAAGGUGUCCAUCGCCGCCGAGGACACGACCGAGUACAACGAGAACCAUGCCAGCAGCGUUCAUACGGUGCAGGUCACCUAUGCCUGGCUCGUCGAGCAGGGUGCUGUCGGCCUGCAUGCGGUGGGGACCCGGCUCGUCAGUCUGGAAGAAGGUCUGACUGCCCGGGAGGAGGAUGAGGAGGUCAACGCCGCCGGUUCGCAGCUGGAAAAGCGGUCCUUUUCUCACUACAGCGCCUAUUUAUCUGACUUCCUUCACUGUCCGUCGGAUGAUGUGCGGAUCUUCAAAAGCAACAAGUGUCACAGCUAUCAGACCAAGUGGAAGAGCGUGGAGUAUUCCAACCUCUCGGGGGAUCUCUACUUGGAGAUGCAGAUCUGGCCCCAUCACGGGUGCCAGAAGAAGCAGCAAAAGAAGUUCGUCGUAGCGCCGCUGAAGACGAGCGUCUGCUAUAACCGGAACACCUUCUCCUUUUGGGGCGAAUAUGUCGGCACCAAGAAGAAGGCUUAUGCGUGGCUGAACCGGGGAUCGGGCUAG